GAGGGCUAAUAGAUCGACGCCGAAAUGCCCUCCUCCUUCUUGGACCAAGAAGAGGACGUGCCCCUAAGUCCAGAGCAGUUAGCAGCCAAACUCCGCAAAUUCGAGGGCUAUAAAGAAGACUUCGCUGCUGACAUAAAACGCCUUGAGGAACGGCGUCAACGGCUGCAGGACGACUUAAGCGAGUAUUCGCAGCUGGUCGAGCGGGUGGAGAAACUUAUCACGGAUGGGACCUCUGGCUUUGAAACACGAGUAGACGUGGGCUGCGACGUGACUGUGGCUGCCCGUGUGCCGGACUGCAAGCGCAUAUUUGUGGCAAUUGGACUGGGCUUCCAUGUCGAGUUGGAGCUGGCGGAGGUGUCGGCGCUGGUGACGCCUCGCUGCAAGCACCUUGAAGGUCUUGUUGUUGAGGUGGACAGAAAGCUCUCGGACGCGCGCAGUUGCGCUCAUGCGUUUGACUCUUCACUGCAGCUGCUAAAAGCUGGUGAAGAGUGACCUAGAUUGCAGGAUUUGGGGGGAGGAGAAACGUGCAAUCGCCAAAUAUAAUUAUAGCGGAACAGGUCAUGGCGUACUAUCGUGCAGCCGCCUCUCUCCCAUACUUGGGGACAUCCGUCCUCCGGUUAGCUCCUAACAGGCGAACAUUUGGCUGUCGAGCCAACUAGCUGAUGUCAAUUACAAAUUUGUAAAGCUUCCGUAUCU